CAUCCGUCCUCCAUCCAAGAUCAUACUGCAUUCUCCGCGGCUCUUCGUCGUAUUUGUUCGCUCGCCACGUGCAUAGCCGUCUUCGACGGUGGACCCCUCGUUGCCCACACGCUUGCGCACCCGCGACCAUAGGCUCCGCCGUCGUCUCGGAAUCCAGUCCCUGGAUUGUCUGCCGCGCUCUUCAUCCGGCACAUGGCGUCACCUCAGCGCCUCCAGGAUUAGGAGUCGACAUCGUCGUCUGCCAGCAUCGCGUCCGCUCAUGGCACCAUACUGACUAGUUACGCUGUCGCUGUCGCUUCCGCUUCCGUCUGGCCUUACCAGCAUCGCAGUCCUCACCCUGAGCCUCGUCGCUCUUCACCGGCAAGCCCAGUCACCUCUUCUCCCAAGGCUCCAUCGACCUCGUCUCACUCGCCUUCUUGCCACCCCUCACAGCCACCAUGGUAUACUGUGGCAAGCCCUCCAAGGGCUGCUCCAACUGUCGCGAGCGCAAGAUCCGCUGCGAUCAAAGGAUGCCCACAUGUGGCCAGUGCGAGAAGCGUAGCCAGCAAUGCCCCGGCUACCGCAACAUGGUCGACCUCAUGUUUCGCGACGAGAGCAAUCAUGUCAUCAAAAAGGCCAACACCGCCCGGAAACGCCUGAACAAGUCGCGCGAGGCGGCAAAUGGUUCAGCCAGCGACGGGUUAACCGCUCUCCCAUCUCCGUCGCCUCGCUCUUCCUCCUCCUCUUCCGAAUCUCCCACUGCGACGACUCUGGUCCACCACUCACGAUCUUUCAUUGGAACUCCAAAAUCUUCAAGCAGUGCCGAAGGCCUGUCACCGAGUCACGAGCCGCUCCGCGAAACUCACCUUCUAAACGACACGCGGCAAGUCCGUCGCCGUCACGCCCAUGUUGGUAGCGACUCCGUGACGGCAGCAGCCUCGGAAAUCCCCUACGCUCUCACGCCUUCCCUGCAGGAGCGAGGCGUCGCCUUCUUCUUCGCCCGCUAUGUCGCAACGGACCACGGCUGCUACCAAAAUUACGACUUCAUUUACGAUGUGUGGAAGCCUCCGCCCAAUGUCGACAUGGCCGACAUCAACGACGGCAUCCUCGCCAGCAUGACUGCCGUCGGCCUCACCGGCUUGUCCAAGCUGACGCGCUGCCCCGAAGCCAUGACCAAGGCACGCCAGAGUUAUGUGCUAGCUCUCCAUCUCGCCAACGAAGCCCUGCGCGACCCGGUUGAGGCUGUCAAGGACAGCACCAUGCUUGCCGUCCUUAUUCUCGGAACAUACGAGUUCGUCUCUGGGCGAACGCCGCAGACGAUACGCGCAUGGCAAGACCAUGUUAAUGGCGCUGCUGCGCUCGCCACAAUGCGAGGUGCCGGCCAAUUUCGCACCAAAGCAGGCACUCGCAUGUUCAUCAUGCUCUGCCACACCGUGCUCAUCAGCUGCGUGCGCAGUGGCCUGCCCAUGCCUCAGUCCAUGGUCGAUUUGCGGAACCAGCUGUGGCAUCUGACAGAUACUAGGGGUCCUAUCUGGCGUGUAGUCGACACGCUAUACAAUGCGCUCCAGGUCCGCCAUGACAUCACCUCCGGAAAGGUGCUGGGGGUGGACGCCAUAGUCGAAAAGCUCUCGGGAGUCGAGGACCAGUUCUCUGCUCUCGUCGAUAGUCUCCCCAACGGUUUCAAGUAUCGGGAGGCGAAGCUCAUGAGACCCCACCCGGCCGUCAUGGGCGACUCGUGCCACAUCUAUCUCGGCCUGACGCAGGCAACGACCUGGAACGGCAUGCGAACGAUGAGGAUGCUCGUUCAGGAAACCAUUCUUGAUGUCUUGUACCACAGUGUCGACGACCCCACAACUCUGCCACUUCACCAUCAGUUGCAGAUGGCCAAGGCGAUGAAGCUGAUACGGUUACUCGGCGAUGCCUUUGUGGCAAGUGUGCCGCAGCACUUCGGGGUCGUGAGCUCCAAGGACGUGAAACGCGACGACCGCGGCCGGCGGACUGUCACGCCGGUCCCGACUUCUAAGCUGCCCUACCGAAUCCUCUCCUCGUCGGCACCCAAAGCCCUUCCCGACACGCCUUCGAAUAAGCAGGUAACCGCCCCGACGCGGAGCCCCACGCUCCUCGAUCCAACGCAGUCGACUGGCCACGAAAAGGGCCACGAGCGGUUCCUGACCCUUGCGACCGCCAGCCAUACAAUUAUCUGGCCCCUGUACACGCUGGGCAUGUCAUCCUCGUGUACGCCAGAGACCAUGGUCUACGUUCUCGACCGACUCGAUGCCAUCUACAAGGAAACAGGCUUUGAACAAGCGCGCACCGUCUCCAAUAUUAUCCGCGAAAAGGUUCACGCUCUAUCAUGGGACGACUUUCCCACCGAAACUCUGCCGACGUUGCCGGAAGGAUCAUUGCCGAUCAUGGUGUAAAGCAGGGGCUGGUGGGCUCUUUGUCUGGGCCCAAGAAGGAUGUGGACAUUACUGAAACGAUUAAUGAACGUGCAGGAGCACUACAGCCUUUGUCUUGGCAUAGAGAGCAGGUUACGGUUUGUACGUAAUUUCACCCGUUUGGAUCUCGGACAAGCGGACGAAGAUAGCAUUGCAUCUCAUCCGCGUGGCAUUUUUGUCUUGUGGUAUCUUGCACGAGUUCCAUCACCAACUGUCGAAGUUUCCAAAGCCCCC